GUAAGUAGGUUGGUUCAUGGUUGGUAUACUAAGUUUUGGCAAAAUCGCAAAUUGAGGGUAAAGUAAUUUUCUUGAUCGCUACUUUGUACUGGUAGUAGUAGUUGAAGGUAGAUUAGAUAGGAGAAUGGGGGGAUUGGACGAGGACGAGGACUGCUACCACCGCCGCCACGAAGCAUCAUCCGUGGGUAGUUGUAGUAUCGCCAUCCCGCCGCUUCAAACCCUCGAUGAUGGCAGCCGAAGCAAUGGAGUAGAAAUCAUCUCCUUCUCCGAUGUGGUGGACGAUGCCACCCUCCACUUUCACAUCAUCCGUCUUCACCAGCAGAUAUACGCCUGGAUCGGUUGCAACUCUGCAAAAUUUGGACAUUUAUAUGCUGCUGCUCCUACACGUCCCAGCAAUGCUGUUAGUGUUACUUCUUUAAUUGGAGGAUCUUCUGACAACGCUGGAGCUGGUAUUGCCCGUCGAAUAGUUCUCAAGACUGGUCUUAACGUUGUAUUGGCUUGUAAUCUUCCAAAGAAUAGUCCCUUGCUUGAGGCUGCUGCUGAGAGAAGGUUGGUGCAAAAGCUUGUCAGCCUGGGUUACGCGACACCUAAAUCUGGAGUAUCAUCCUCAACACAAGAAGGCUAACAUUGGCAUCCUCUGGGCAAGUUUUCUCCAGAAGAGAGUUUUCGAGAAACAACAUUUAAGAGGUCUUGACCUGAAUGUGUGCUGACGAAGCUUCUAUUCUGCAUUCGUCACAUUCAUUUCUUAUCAUACAUACGAGCGACAUACAUAACAAAGUCUAUACAAUCAUUUGCAUAUGGCAUGAAACUCACUCA